AUGGAAAAAUAUGAGUACCUAGGAUUGGUUGGAGAAGGGAGCUAUGGAAUGGUGAUGAAGUGUAGGAAUAAAGAUAGUGGAAGAAUUGUGGCCAUCAAGAAGUUCUUAGAAAGUGAUGAUGACCAAAUGGUUAAAAAAAUUGCUAUGCGAGAAAUCAAGUUACUAAAGCAACUGAGGCAUGAAAAUCUCGUGAAUCUGUUGGAAGUGUGUAAGAAAAGAAAGCAAUGGUACCUAGUCUUUGAAUUUGUUGACCAUACAGUUCUUGAUGACUUGGAGCUCUAUCCAAAUGGACUAGACUACCAACUAGCUCAAAAGUAUUUGUUUCAGAUUAUCAAUGGAAUUGGAUUUUGUCACAGUCACAAUAUCAUACACAGAGAUAUAAAGCCAGAGAAUAUAUUAGUCUCCCAGUCUGGUGUUGUCAAGUUAUGUGAUUUUGGAUUUGCACGGACACUGGCAGCUCCUGGGGAGGUUUAUACUGAUUAUGUGGCAACCCGAUGGUACAGAGCUCCAGAACUAUUGGUUGGUGAUGUCAAGUAUGGCAAGGCUGUUGAUGUGUGGGCCAUUGGCUGUCUGGUAACUGAAAUGCUCAUGGGGGAACCCCUUUUUCCUGGAGAUUCUGAUAUCGAUCAGCUAUAUCGUAUUAUGGUGUGUUUGGGUAAUCUCAUUCCAAGACAUCAGGAGCUGUUUUAUAAAAAUCCUGUGUUUGCUGGAGUAAAGUUGGCUGAAAUCAAAGAAACGGUUCCUCUUGAAAGACGCUAUCCCAGGCUCCCUGAAGUUGUGAUAGAUUUAGCAAAGAAAUGCUUACAUAUUGACCCAGACAAAAGGCCCUUCUGUGCUGAGCUCCUGCACCAUGAUUUCUUUCAUAUGGAUGGAUUUUCUGAGAGGUUUUCUCAGGCACUGCAGUUAAAAGUACAGAAAGAUGCCAGAAACAUUUCUUUAUCUAAAAAACCCCAAAACAGAAAGAAGGAAAAGGAAAAAGAUGAUUCCUUGGGUGAAGAGAGAAAAACACUUGUGGUACAGGAUACAAAUGCUGAUCCCAAAAUUAAGGAUUCUAAAGCAUUUAAAAUAAAAGGAUCAAAAAUGGAUGGAGAAAAAGUUGAAAAAGUCAGUCGAGCUUCAAAUGCCAGCUGUCUCAAUGACAAUGGGAUGAGCCACAUCAAAACAGUGCCUUCAACAAGCCUCCGAGAUUGCAGCAAUGGCAGCGUGGGCCACACAAGAAAUCCAGGCAUGUCAAUUCCUCCACUUACGUACAACCUUCCUGCAGUGGCUCCCAUUUCAUACAGAGUGGAUGAGAAAACCAAGAAGUAUUGUAUUCCAUUUGCUAAACCAAAUAAACAUUCUCCAGCAGGAGUUUAUAAUAUUAAUGUGACCACAUCGGUUGCUAGUGAAAGGAGUCUACUUCAGGCAAAUAAGAAAAGAAGGGAAUACUCAAAGAGAGAUGUCCGUUUGCCUGAACUCAACUAUAAUCAUCUCCCUGAACUAAACGCCUUGGAAGGCAUCGCUCGAAAUUCCAGGCUAAUAAAGAAGGAGAACAAAAAUCUUUCAGAAUCUCGACUUCCUUCUCUGGUCGCUAUUGACUUGCACACCUUCAAUACUGCAUUACCUCAGGUAUCAGGAUCUCCCCUGUCAGAUGAUUCAGAGGCCGAUUUGCCACGAGUGGAACACCAGCACUGA